AUGGAACAGCCGAUACUAUCAUUCUCUGCGGAAGAUAUCCGUGACGAGAAGGUCAAGGUACUGCGUGCCAUUCCUCCAGUUGAACAGAAGGACACAUUAUUGAGACAAUGUGUAUCCGCGAACGGCAAGCCCGGAUAUCUCGAUGAUGACACGGUUCCCCAAAAUUCUGUUUGCCCUACAUAUGCAGCCACCGCUCUCUGGAUUAACAACCCCUCGAUAGGAAGGAGUUCCAUUCAUUCUCAAGGCAGGGAAAGCUCUCAACGAGGCGAAGGGUGA